GGUCCACGGAGCCAGCCCCUUCGCCCCCCAGGAGCCGGAGGAGAGUCUCGAGCCUGCGGGCCGAGAACCAACACCUCGACUGGCAUUCUAGCGAGACACGAUGGAUCUUAACAGCGAGGACCCGAUUCCCCCGCCCAGCCCCCUCGGGGACAGCAUGGAGACCUUGAAGCCAUCAGUGGUAACAGCCGAGGAAGAGGAGGAAGGGGAGGAGGAGGAGGCGUUGGAGGGGGAGGAUGCCUCGGUGGAGCCGGCAGUGGGGUCCACGGCGGAAGAGACCACGACAGACAGACAAAGGCCAUCUGCGGCGGCUGCCCGGAGGUCCGGCCUGCGGCUCAAAGACCAAAUAAUCCACGUGGUGGAAAACUCCCCGAGGAAGCACGGCAUCUCCCUGUAUGCGUUAAAGCGAGCGGUCUGUGCUUCGGGGUACGAUGUCAAUAGGAACAAAGCCAGAUUUAAGAGGGCCCUCAAGCAUUUGGUAGAUACGAGAACUCUGAAGAAGGUGUCGGGGAAUGGGCUCAAUGGCUCCUUCCAAAUGGGCAAAAGGGGGCUGAGAAACAAGAAGAGGGACACGGAUUCCCAGGCCCAGCCAGCCCCGUCGGGCUCGCAGGCCGCAGAAGGCCCAGAGGCCCUGGAGCAGUUUCCUCAGAUACCGGAGGCCCCAAGCACAGGCCCAGAAUCGUCGAGUAUCCAGGACCAGCUGGCAGACGUAUCGGUGGAGGGCUGAGGGAGGCCCGCUAACAGUCCGAGGCGGGAACGGAGCCGCGAAAUAAAAGAAAUGGUUUCUUUCA